AGUAAUUGAAAACCAACUGGUUAAUAAAUAAUUAAAAUUAAGUUAUUUCGGUAACACAAUAAUCUCAUCUCAAUUAAAACCAAAAUUCAUAAUUUGUUAAGGCUGUCUCUCCAAAACUAAGGUAAGAGCCAAUCACUCGAGUACAAGUAAUAUUAAACAUUAGAAAAAGCGAUACAGAACCUGAUAUAGCAGAGUGAGAACAAUUGCUAUGGAUUCAACAGGUGGACUUAUUCGUGGCAAACCAGUCUCAGAUUUGAGAGGUCCCAUUACAAUUCCAGUUGGUCCUGAAACUUUAGGGGGUAUUAUGAAUGUUAUUGGUGAUCCAAUCGAUGAAAGAGGACCAAUUAAAACAAAAAUUAGAUAUCCAAUUCGUAGAGAAGCUCUAAGCUUUGUUGAUUUAGGUAAUGCUGAAAUCUUGAUUACUGGUAUUAAAUAGUGGAUUUAUUGGCUCCAUAUGCUAGAGGUGGUAAAAUUGGAUUGUUAGGUGAUGCAGGAGUCUGAAAGACAGUGCUUAUUUAUGAAUUAUGGUGGUUAUUCUGUUUUUGCUGGGGUAGGAGAGAGAACAAGAGAAGGAAAUGAUUUAUAUUGGUUAAGGAGUUAUUAGUUUGAGAGGUUAAUAAUCAGGAUGUGCUCUUAUUUUAGGAUAAAUGAAUGAGCCCCCUGGUGCAAGAGCCAGAGUCGCUUUGACUGGUUUGACAGUUGCUGAAUAUUUCAGAGAUGAAGAAGGAAAAGAUGUGCUGUUAUUUAUUGACAACAUUUUUAGCUUCACAUAAGAAUGUUCAGAAUUUUCAGCUUUGUUGGGACGUAUUCCAUCUGCUGUCGGUUAUUAACCAACAUUGGCAAUAGAUUUAGGUUAAUUAUAAGAAGGUAUUAGAACAACAAAGAAGGGAUCUAUUACAUCAGUAUAAGCUAAUUAUGUACCUCCAGAUGAUCUUACAGAUCCCGCACCAACUACACCAUUUGCCCACUUGAAUGCUACAACUGUGUUAUCAAGAGCUUUGACUGAAUUAGGUAUCUAUACUGUAGAUCCAUAGAAUUCUUCAUCUCAUAUGAUGGACCCAAAUAUUGUUGGUGAAAAGUAAUCGAUGUAUUUUAUAUAACUUUAGACAUUACACUGUCACAAGAGGAGUCUAAAAUUUGUUAUAAGAUUAUAAAUCACUCCAAGAUAUCAUUGCCAUUUUGGGUAUGGAUGAAUUAUCUGAAAAAGAUAAACUUACUGUUGCCAGAGCUAGAAAAGUCAAAAGAUUCCUUUCUUAACCAUUAUUUAUGUCUGAAAUUUUCUCAGGAAGAUAGGGUAAAUUUGUUUCUCUUAAUGACAAUAUUGCUGGAUUCAGAGGUAUUCUAUCUAACUAUUUUAAUUUUGCUUGAUGGUGAGGGUGAUGAAUAUCUAGAAAAUGCAUUCUAUAUGUAAGCGACUUUUGAAGAUUUCAUUGAAGAAGCAAAAUGAGUUGCAGCUGAAACAAAAAAAUGAAAUAUAAUUUUAAUAGCACUAAAAAAGUUGAAUAUAGAAAUUAUAC